AAGAAGAAGAAGAAGUCAACAAAUGCGUUGAUAUAAAUACUGUCUGUACGAUUGCGCGUUAAAUUUAGCGUUUGCUCUUGUGUGUGUAAUAUUUUAUCUAGUUUUACUUCCUAAUGUAAUUUUAUUUCUUCCAAAAUACACAAUUUAGACAGGAGAAGGCCUAAUCUGCGAAACUGGUUGUCUGUCAAUCUCUUAAUAAUGCGGCAUAAGCCAUUUAGUAACUGAUUAUAAGCACGUUGUUUAUGGUACAAACAUUACCUUUAAUGUCAAACGACGAAUAAUCUAAAUGCUAUUUUAUUUUACAGGCGUCAUGUCCUUCAACAUUGCACAAAGUCUCCGGAGACCAGUUAUUUUCCUGGCGUUUCUUGUUCUCAUAGAAGUGGUGUCGUUUGCUAAUGCAGAUAAGAGUUUUGAAGAUAUGCGUUGCAAGUGCAUCUGUCCACCUUACAGAAACAUCACUGGUCAUAUAUACAAAAAGAAUGUGACCCAGAAAGACUGUAACUGUCUGCAUGUGGUGGAGCCCAUGCCAGUGCCUGGUCAUGAUGUGGAGGCCUACUGUCUGCUCUGUGAGUGCAAGUAUGAAGAACGAAGCAGCAACACCAUCAAGGUGACCAUUAUCAUCUACUUGUCAGUGGUCGGAGCUCUUUUACUGUACAUGCUGUUCCUGCUUCUGAUUGAUCCUCUGAUUCGCAAACAUGAUCCGUACACCAUGCCACUGCAGAAUGAAGAGGAUUCUGAGGAUGUUAGGCCACGUGUAGACGGUGCUCGUGGAAAUACAGUGCUGGAGAGGGUGGAAGGAGCUCAGCAGCGCUGGAAGAAACAGGUCCAGGAGCAGCGCAAGACUGUGUUCGAUCGCCACAAGUUACUCAGCUAAGCCCUCAGACAAAGAAAACAACUAAAUGGCUGCACUGUCUGAGAAUAUUUGCAUGGUGGUCUUUCAGUUUCAGCUUUUAUGACAAUAUGAUUAUCAGUGAACCUUCUGCUUGUACAAUAUUAUUAGAAUUAUUAUAGUCUUACCAAGGCUGACUUGGUUGUGUGAAAUUCCUAAACUGAAUCUGUGAAAGCAUAAAGCUGGUAAAAGAACAGUUUAUCCAAAAAAUAAUGUGAUUUAUUUAUUUAUUUAUUUAUUUUUAACUAAUUAUAGAAUACUAAUAGACAUACUCAAUGCAAAAGUCCUCAAGUGUUACUGGGGUGCUGUAUUGUAAUCUUUGGCAAUGAAGUUACAAUAAUAUUAAUUUUUUUGCCUGAUAAAGGGUUAAUUAUGACCAGGCAAUGCGUAUGACUUCCAUUCUUCAGCCAAAGAGUUUUGUAGAUAUUUUUUUCUCCAUCUAUUGCAACGUAUAUCAUUUCUGAUGGUCCAAAAUCUAUAUAGACAGCUUUGGUUUAAUCCACCUGCCCACUUUGACAAAUAAGGGGUACACACUUUAGAAAUUAAUCCUUUCUUUUCUUGGAUUUGUGGAAAUCUGCAAGGUUUUUUUUUCGCGGGGUGAGAUAUUUCUUUAACGUAUAAAUGAAGAAAAUCUGCUCUUAUUUGCAUCAUUCCAAUGAUAACCUUUAUAUUUUUCACACUAAAACUUGAAUAUAUAUGUGUUGUUGUUACAUUGGAAAUACAUUGCAAUGAAUCAGAUUAAAUGUAAAUUUGGGAGCACUGAUGUUGAACUGUACGUAGUCUAAUAUAAAUAUGUUUAGAAUGUGAUUCAAGCUGUUUUAGUUUCAUUCUGUGUUACCAAAUAAUGUGAUAAUUCACUCCCAUUAUUUAUUAUUAUUAUUUAUUUAUUUUUCAUUGUUUGCCAGUUGAUUAUAUCUUUGAGGCAUACAUCAAAAGUAUAUAUUUGUAGUAACCUAAUUUAAAAGUCAAAAUAGUGAAGGAAAUAAGGCUUUAAUUAGUUGGUUCUGUUAAACCGGGUAUCAUAUACUUUCUUUUGAAAUUACUGAUAAUUUUGUUGGACACGUUAAUUCAUAGAAAUUCAAACAUACUGUUUUGUUCACCUCAAAAUGUGAAGGAUUGGCUUGGUUUUAUUUGCUGCUGUAAUAACUGGUUUUCCAGUAUGCAUCCAGAACACUUGCCGCUGUUUUACAGCUAAAACAUUCUUGCUUCUGUAAAAAAUGCACUGAAAUAUUAAAAAUACAGAACAUUGCCAA